AUGUCCAGACCCCUCUGCCGCUCCCUGGAGCCUGCUCAGGUCAGGGCACUGGUGCCAGCAGGGGACAGGGCAGGUCUGCUCAUUUCCGUCUUCCUGCUGAAGAGGGACUUCGGCAUGAAGAUGCCGAAGGAUGCUGGGACAUUGAAACUCAACACCCUGCAGGGCCCCAGUGUCCCAGCCAUCACCUCCCUGUGGCCAGCAGUGGUGGAGUCUGAGCGAGGGGAGGAAAUGGAGCUACCUGUGGCCGGCCACAGUGGUCCUCCUAGGAAGGCUCCUUUCCAAGAGGAUGCAAGGCCAGCAACCUUCCUUGGGGUCAGCCCACAGGAAAAAAAUGCCAUUGGCCCUGCCAAACCCAUCACCGACUGCUCCCUACGAUGGCCCAAUGCUCCUGGAGUUUCCUCAUUCAUACGCUUUACAGUGCAGAUUGCUGAGAUCCAGGGGGAGUGGGUUCCACAAAUCCCACCCUGGGUGGGCUGCUAUUCCCUGACUGCUGCAGCCCAGAACCCUGACCCCAAAGACAGAGGUGGACAAAGGCUGUGUGGUCCCCAGAGGCUGUCUCGGAAUGCCUGGCAGCGGUCGGUGUCGGCACCGCCAAGUGCCAGGAGAGUGGAAACUGGCGUGGCCCAUGGAGAGGGGUGUGAGGAAUGCUUCCUCACGGAGUCUUCCUUAACCUUGGCAGUGAGUGAGGCCGACCCGUACGUGAUCCUACAGCUGUCGACCGUGCCUGGAAUGAAGUUUAAGACCAAGACGCUCACCGACACCAGUCAUCCUGUGUGGAAUGAGGCCUUCCAUUUCCUUAUCCAAAGUCAGGUCAAGAAUGUUCUGGAACUUAGCAUCUAUGAUGAGGACUCAAUCACGGAGGAUGACAUCUGCUUCAAGGUUCUCUAUGAUAUCUCAGAAGUCCUCCCUGGCAAGCUGCUCCGGAAAACCUUCUCCCAGAGUCCCCAGGGAGAGGAGGAGUUGGAUGUGGAGUUCCUGAUGGAAGAAACGUCGGAUCGCCCAGAAAACCUCAUCACCAACAAAGUCCUUGUGGCCCGAGAGCUGUCAUGCCUGGAUGUGCAUCUGGACAGCGCAGGUAGCACCACUGUGGUUGCAGAUCAGGACAAGUUAGAGCUGGAGCUGGAGUUGAAGGGGUCCUAUGAGGACACACAGACAUCCUCCCUGGGCACAGCCUCUGCCUUCCGCUUCCACUACAUGGCAGCCCUAGAGACAGAGCUGAGUGGGCGCCUGAGGAGCUCCACAAGCAAUGUCUGGAAUGGGGACAACUCAGCUCGGCGCCUCACUGUGCCCCUGAGGCCUUUGAUCGGGAAGGAGGUGACCAUGGAUGUUCCUGCUCAAGAUGUCCCAGGAGUGAGGCUGCAGCUCAAGGCAGAGGGCUGCUCCAAGGAGCUGGCCGUGCACCUGGGCUUCAAUCUGUGUGCAGAGGAGCAGGCCUUCCUGAGCAGGAGGAAGCAGGUGGUGGCCAAGGCCCUGAAGCAGGCCCUGCAGCUGGACGGAGACCUGCAGGAGGACGAGGUACCCAUCGUGGGCAUCAUGGCCACAGGAGGAGGUGCCCGGGCCAUGACCUCGCUCUAUGGCCACCUGUUGGCCCUGCAGAAGCUGGGCCUGCUGGACUGUGUGACCUACUUCAGUGGCGUCUCGGGCUCUACGUGGACAAUGGCCCACCUGUACGGGGACCCUGAGUGGUCGCAGAAGGACCUGGAGGAACCUAUCCGAUAUGCCCGGGAGCACCUGGCCAAGAGCAAGCUGGAGGUCUUUUCCCCAGAGCGCCUGGCGAGUUACCGCCGGGAGCUGGAGCUGCGGGCUGAGCAGGGCCACCCCACAUCUUUUGUGGACCUGUGGGCGCUAGUGCUGGAGUCCAUGCUGCACGGCCAGGUGAUGGAUCAGAAGCUGUCAGGACAGAGAGCCGCCCUGGAACGGGGUCAGAACCCUCUGCCCCUCUACCUGAGCCUCAAUGUCAAAGAGAACAAUCUGGAGACGCUGGACUUCAAGGAGUGGGUUGAGUUCUCCCCCUAUGAGGUCGGGUUCCUGAAGUACGGAGCCUUCGUCCCUCCUGAGCUCUUCGGCUCCAAGUUCUUCAUGGGACGGCUGAUGAGGAGGAUCCCGGAGCCCCGGAUCUGCUUUCUGGAAGCCAUCUGGAGCAACGUUUUCUCCCUGAACCUGCUGGACGCCUGGUAUGACCUCACCAGCUCUGGGGAGUCCUGGAAACAGCACAUCAAGGACAAGACCAGGAGCUUAGAGAAGGAGCCCCUGACCUCCUUGGAGACCUCGUGGCUGGAGGCCUCAUGGCUGCAGCCGGGCACGGCGCUGGCCCAGGCAUUUAAAGGGUUCCUGACCGGCAGGCCCCUCCACCAGUGCAGCCCCAACUUCCUCCAGGGCCUCCAGCUACACCAGGACUACUGCAGCCACAAAGGCUUCUCCACCUGGGCAGACUGCCAGCUUGACUCCACGCCCAGCCAGCUGACUCCCCAGGAGCCCCAGCUCUGCCUGGUGGACGCUGGCUACUUCAUCAACACCAGCUGUCCCUCCAUGUUCCGGCCGGGCCGCAGGCUGGACCUCAUCCUCUCCUUCGACUACUCUCUAUCUGCGCCCUUUGAGGCGCUGCAGCAGACAGAGCUGUACUGCCGGGCCCGGGGGCUGCCCUUCCCCCGGGUGGAACCCAGCCCUCAGGACCACCAGCAGCCAAGGGAGUGCCACCUCUUCUCAGACCCUGCCUGCCCCGAGGCCCCGAUCCUGCUGCAUUUCCCGCUGGUCAAUGCCUCCUUCAAGGACCACUCAGCUCCCGGUGUCCAGCGCAGCCCCGCAGAGCUCCAGGCUGGCCAAGUGAAUCUCACUGGGGCUACCUCCCCGUACGCCCUGUCCAACAUGACCUACAAGGAGGAAGACUUCGAGCGCCUGCUACGGCUCAGCGACUACAACGUGCAGACCAGCCAGGGUGCCAUCCUGCAGGCCCUGAGGACCGCACUGAAGCACCGGGCCCUAGAGGCGAGGCCUCCAGGGGCACAGACCUGAGGCUGCUCAGAGCCCCCAGGACCCUGAGGGCCACAAUCUGACCCUCCAGGGCCUGCGGGCAUAACCUGAUCUGCAGCUGGGCUCAGCCACAGGCCUUCCCGGCUGGAGUUCUAGGCACUCCCAGGCCUGGGUGACCUCUGCAGCUGGUCUCACUGCCCAGAGGGAACUGCAUCCAGUGCAGAGUUCUCCCUUACGUUCAUGGCUGGCUUGAGAAGAGUUGAAAAUAACUUCGCCAGGCCAGUGUGUGGAACAGCUGGUCCAACCAGGCAGACUUUCACACCACAAUUACUUCCAUGCCUGAGCAGAAUAGAUUUGAGGUGCAAGCUAGAGGCGGCAGAUCAGGAGUAGGAAGAGGAAGGACAG